AUGGCGAAUUUAACUGAGUAUGGCAACUAUAGCAUGAUAUAUCGAGAGUACUAUUGCAGUCCAGGUCUUGGAAAAGCCAUGAAGAUAUCAAUUUUAAUUUUUACAAUCCCCAUAUCCAUCAUGGCAUUUUUCGGAAAUGCUCUGAUCAUCCUUGCUCUUCGAAAGUUGUCUUCUCUGCAUUCACCGUCAAAAAUUUUGAUCAGUUGCCUUGCGUGCACAGAUCUAGGAGUGGGCCUCAUUUCAAAUCCUCUCCUCAAUGGGUAUUAUUUAUCUCCAGAGCACUCCAAGAGUUGUCACUACUUUUGGGCACUUUCCUAUACCGCUACUACGAUAUUAUGCGGCGCAUCUUUGUCAACAACGACUGCAAUAAGUGUAGACAGACUUCUUGCUCUAUUACUGGGGCUAAGGUACAGGCAGGUUGUAACUGUGAGGCGAGUAAUGGCCCUUGUUGUCACUAUAUGGCUUUCCAGCAUCCUUAUCGCUGCGGUGGUGUAUUAUAGCUAUCUUAUUGCUUUAGGUAUGGCAUCUGCAGGACUCGUGUUGUGUAUAGUGAUCUCCACUUUCUGCUACACCAAAAUAUAUCACACGCUUCGCCUUUCUCGAGCACAAGUGCAAGACCAAGGCAAUCAAGGACAACGAAAUGGAGAAGGAUCGCAACUGAACAAAGCAAGGUACAAAAAGACAGUGUCCACGGCAGUGUGGAUACAAAUGACAUUACUGGCUUGUUAUCUCCCAUUUGGUUUAGUCGGAGCUGUAAAGGCUAUCUUUAGAUUGUAUGUUCCGUCCCAGAGCUUAAUAUAUGCUGUAACGCUGUCUCUGCUGAUGUCUAACUCAACUAUUAACCCACUUUUGUAUUGCUGGAAGAUUAGAGAUAUACGACAAGCAGUAAGAGGCACGAUCAGGCAGUUUCGUUGCAUCUUUAGUGAAGAAGCUUAG